AUGAUCGGGAACCUCCUCCUGUCCUGUGCCUUGCUGCUGGUCAGCGCUGGGACCCUGACUGGCCACCCUGUCUCAGACUCAGCCGAGAUGCCUUACGCCGGGCCUGUAUUGAUGGAGGAGGACGGCAUGACUACCCCAGAGGAGAUGUCUCUGUCUGACUCCAGAGGCUCUGCGCUUGACCUCUCCCCACUGUUCAACACCAACGGUCUCACAGCAGCUGGACUAGUCCCUAGAGAGGCCCUGAGACAGGUACUCCUGGCAAAACAGCGGCACUAUCGUCCCUACAGUGGGUGGAGAGGAUAUAGAAAGAGGAGUUCUGAUUGCUUCUGGAAGUACUGUGUUUGAGACUGUGGGGACGUGACCAGGUGCAGCGACAGCUACUGUACACAAUGUUCAGCUGACACAGGGCUUCUUCUUCCGAGAAUAACUGUAUGCAUGCACUCUCUCUUCAUCCCACAACCUGCAGACACACACACACACACACACACACACACACACACACACACACACACACACACACACACACACACCUCAAACACAUAUUAAAUGCCUUGAAUGUACACACGUGCAACCUUAUACACACACACACACACACACAUACACUAAAUGUGGCAUUGUAUAUUGGUAUUUUUAUAUAUCAACCAUUAUUGCAGAAUGUCCACAAACAUUUUAUGUUACAUAUUCUAUGGAGAUCACCAUGGAUGUUAUGAUCAAAACAAUAAAUCCAUAUAUUUAGAAAAAUCACAUAUCAGUCAAUUUCUGUUUCCUUCAAUUAUUUCACUGAUAAACAAUCAGACAAAUGGCUGGAGGAGUGUGGAGGAAAUGUAUUUUUUGUACAUCUAUAAUAUGUCUAUUGUUUUUUCCAGUUUGUUAUUCUACUGUUUACAUUAUUCUACCACAUACAU